UAAAACUUGCACCCGUUGUUCAAGCCACGCGCGUUCGUGACGUACAAGGAUCCAUCUAUCGCAGGCACGUACUCCCUCCGUGUCUCCGGAUAGUAGGCGUAACUAGUUUUUUUAGGAGUAUUAAUUUGUCUCGCGAAACUAGACGCUGGCUCCGCAUGCGUCGCUGGAUACAUGGAUGGAUUUAUCGCUGGAGCGCUGGACUCCUCAUACCACACCGUUACAAUCUAAUGUUACUCUCACAACGAAGUAUUACAAGCACGAACCGAAUAGUUUUUUUCUAGAAACGAGCGGUGUGAUUACUGAUUAAUGUCUUCCUUGAUCUUUGCAUUUUUUUUGAGUUGCGCCUAGUAUCCUGAGACGGCGUUCAGAAUGCUUUUGUGUUCACACCCAAGCAAUCGGUAAUGCCGCUGUCGAGCACUCUCUGCCGUAAUUAAUCGGCAUGCUAAUUGAAACCAGAGACAGGAGCUCGGGACUACCCGUAUGUGGCGGCUGGCGUGGAGGGCACCGGCGAGUUGCGGAGCGAAUGAAUCUACGCGAGCGCGGUCGCGAGCCGAGACGCAACGAGCGGCAGGAGCAGGCGGGCAGGAAACGAAACCCCCGCGCGCGGGGAUCCUGACGCGAGACCAGGGGCAAGAUGGGAGGGGGAAGGCCCCGGCCCGGCCGCGAGCUAACUGACACGGUCACCACGACCACACAGCCGCACAGCCUGACAGCCACCCCGCGCGAUCGGCGUGCCACACACGUAAAAAAGCCACGAAGAAGUGGCCAAAGCGCAGCGGCCCCGCAGGCGAGUCCACUGCCGUGUGUCACUCCUACCGCCGGCUGCUCUUCCCUCGGCUCUGCAGGUGCAGGCUGGCCGCCGUGCGUCCGCCCGCCGAGUCCGAAGCCGAUGGAAGCCGCCGCCGCCGUGGCGCGCCGCGCCGGUCUGCUCGCGCGGGCACGGCCGGGCAGCAGGCCGCGCGCGCGGGCGUGGGAACGCGUCGUCGUCGGUGUCGGCUCGGCGCCGUCCGCCGCCCGAAGAAGGCCGCUCGUCGCGUCCCUCGGGGUCGGGUUGCCACUCCCGGCACAAUCAUCCCGGGGUGAGCACGCCGUGGCGCUGGAGGUGCGUGAGGAUGAGGAUGAGGCGAACUCCAUUGUUCCUGCCGGAAACCUGCCUCACCCCGGCACUGACGAGAUCGCGCCAGUUCCCGGGGCCAAGACGGUGCGCGUCAAGUUCGUGCUGAAGAAGCGGUGCGCGUUCGGGCAGCAGUUCCUCGUCGUCGGCGACGACCCGGCGCUGGGCCUGUGGGAUCCGAGCAAGGCGACCGCUUUGGAUUGGUCGGAAGACCACGUCUGGACGGCGAAGACGGAUUUGCCGGCAAACGAGUUGAUCGAGUUCAAGUUCUUGCUGCGAGAUGCCUCGGGGCAUGUUUGCUGGCAGCACGGCGCUAACAGAACCCUGGAGACGACUGAAACUACAAAUAUCUUGGUCGUCUACGAAGACUGGGAUCACGCCAUGAAACAGGAAGUAUCGGAGGAAGAAGAGCUCUCGACCGGGCUGGAAGAUGUGAUGUUUCAAGACGACCUUGCAGGAAGCAAUGGUGCAACCCUGGCACAUAACAACGUCACAACGGAUGAGAACCUGAAGAAUAAGGUGGCAGCAGUCGUAGCAGAUGCUCCUCUGCAGGUGGUAGCAAAUGAAACGAACCAACCACAGCUGAUAUUGGACAAAGACCAGACGGUUCUAGAAGAGCUCCGUGGAGAAGCAAAAACAGUAGCACAAAAGGGCAGCAACGGCGAUGGCACUAGCUUGUGUCAGGAAGGCGCCCAGCUGGCAAAUAGGCCGCCAAGUAUAUUAGAGAACGACUUGGCCUGGGCCGGAAAAGCCAUGCAUCAGGUGCUCCGGAUCCUCGGUUUCCAGAUCGGCACAACAAAAACAUGAAAUUAGAAUCAGGAAUCUAUGUGUAUGUUGCAAACCUGCUGUUUUGGAAGAUCAGCUGUGCCUCGCGUAUUCAGUUCUACAUGCUGCAAAGAACGACAGCACUGAGGAUUGCAAUUGCAGCAGGAAACCCGCACCUCUGUUUUCCCCUGCACUGUGUUGCAUAUAUCAAGUAGUACUACUGCAAGUAUGUUUAGUUUAGAAAAUAGUAAGUAAUAAGCUGAGCGCCAUCAACCUCA